UUUGGCAACCGAUAGAUGUCCUAAACUUAACGAUGAUAAAGAAAUUGGUAAAAGAUUACCAGUUUCUCCUUUCGCACAGCUUAACAAAAUAGGGCUCCAGUUGUGUUUUAGAGAAUGCGAGGCCUAUGCCAUGUGUCUGUCAAUUAAUUUCAGCCCAAGGAUGUUAUUGUGUGAAUUGAACAGUCAGAAGAAAAAUAGCAGUUUAUCUUUAAUUCAUGAUGGUGACUUUUUAUACAAAGAAAUACCGGAUAUUGUUGAUUAUAAAGAAAAGAAAUGUGGUAAAACUUCAUGCAAUUUAUACUCCAAAUGUGUUCGCACAAAAUCAGACAAAUAUGCAUGCAUGGAAGUAGCAGUUCAUGGAGGAUGGAGUGAAUGGAAUUCUUGGGGAGAUUGUUCUGAUACAGGCGGACUUGGAAAUAGAACACGAAAACGCAGAUGUGACAAUCCCACGCCGAGGUUUGGAGGAAAAGCUUGCAGUGGACAGUCCUCCGAUUCUUCACCAUGUAAUCUGCCUGACGACUGCAAAUCAUUACAUGAUAAUGGUAGCAGAACAUCAGGUGUCUACAGUAUUAAUCCCUGGGGUGAACUCCAUAACAAAUCAGUAGAAAUCUAUUGUGAUAUGUCAACGUCUGGAGGAGGAUGGACCGUAAUACAGAAAAGAGUCGACGGUAAGGUGAACUUCAACAGAAGUUGGCAAGAAUAUAAGGCCGGAUUUGGAGAUGUGUCAACUAGCCACUGGAUUGGAAAUGAGAUCAUACAUCAGCUGACAAAGAAAAACAGCAGUACGCUUUAUGUGAGCAUCACUCUUAAGAACGGCACCACCCUCUUUAUACAAUACGACACGUUCUCUAUUUCUGGAGAAAAUGAUGAUUACAGAUUGUAUAUUGCUGGAAAAGCAACAGGAAUGUUAGACGAUAGGAUAAGGUAUGGGACAGGAGCCGACAACAUAAACGGAAUGAAAUUUUCUACAUAUGACAAAGACAAUGACCUUGCAGGAUCGAAGUGUACAGAUGCCAUGGGCAUAGGUGGGUGGUGGUUUAACAGUUGUUCUAAUGCCUACCUUAACGGACAGUAUCCACCUGGAAAGUGGAAACAACCUUGGUACCCUCCAUUUUCUGAUGGAUCACAUAUUUCCGAAACAACAAUGAUGAUAAGGCGGAAAUGAUUCUGUAACAGUCUUUGAAAUAAAAGGAAAUAUCCACAAUAACUAUUG